AUGGUGAAAUUAGAACCAUUUUACUUGAUGAAAGUAGCACUUAAUUUUGGUACAUACGAUGUGUUAUACCAAUUUAUUUGUGUUUCUAAAGCAU